AGAAACUCUUAACACGGCCCAUUCCUCAAAAUGCGAGGCCUCAUUAUAAUCUUCGCAGUAAUUACUACAGCUUCUUCUCUAUGUAAAGACGGAGAUGUGGAAUACGAGAAAGAUCAGAAAUGGAUCGAAGGCAGCUUUGUGAGGCAGUGCCAGGAAGUGGACGACGGCUCACAGAAGGGCUGGAGAAUUGAUUUAUUAGCUUGCCUCACAAUUUUUUAUCAGGAGGUCGGUGAAUAUCACUAUACUCGGAAUGAAAAUAUUUAG